AUGUCUGCGCAAAUCGAAGGCACGAGCCCUAUGGCUCAGGCGAGCACUCCCAGCGACGGGUCGGGAAGCACCGUCGGCAGUAGUACCAUUGUUGCGUCUGUACAGACUGCGCAACCAACAACCUCACAGCCCACCACGGCGACCUUCCCCCCGCCAAAGACAGACAAGCCCAGGCCACACGUCUGCACGACAUGCAGUCGAUCGUUCGCACGGCUGGAGCACCUGAAGCGCCACGAGCGAUCUCACACCAAAGAGAAGCCUUUCGAGUGCCCACAAUGUACCCGAUGCUUUGCGCGGCGUGACUUGCUGUUGCGACACCAGCAGAAGCUGCAUCAGUCUGGAGCAACGUCUACAAGGCCUCGCAAUGCUCGUCGGGAAAGCACGACUGGCUUGCCUCCCAACUCCACAGCGCGUGUACGCAAGAACUCGGUGUCGAACAAUCUUGGCAGCGGGAGUAUGAGGCCCAGAGCGAACACGAUCGGUCACAUUGACGCAGGCCAUCUGAGUAACUUCUUGGCAAACCACAACGCAUCGUUAGCGGUGGGCUCAGGAAGCCAUCAUCCAGGACAUUCUCGUCAUGCGAGUAUCUCUGGCAUGAACCCAGCUAGUCAGUUUGAUUACAGAGGCCUGUCAACAUCUUUGGGCAACCACGGCCAACAUCAUGGACUACCAAGGAUAGACACACAUCUUGGCCUAAGCUUAAGCGGCGGGCUUCGAACAGCACCCAUGCCAACUGUUGGCCCUGACGAUCUUGAGCUCGAGAAAUUCUUUGGUCCGUCGUCAGCAUCCACCAUCAAUCCCAAUCAGUUGCAUCAUUUCAACGCCUCUGUUGGACAUCCGCAAUCGCCAUUUCAUCAAUUCGCCAACCCCUUCGCUGGAAACAACCCCAUCGAAGAGGAUGACUUCGUAUGGAACACAAGCCUAGACAAUUCGAUGAUGUUCAAUGAGUUGGCUGUCGACGGAUCGUCACCCUCAGCCAUGAGUAAUGCAAGCCAAAAUACAUUCAACGAAAUAAUGAUAGACGGCUCAGGUCAGCCCACAUCUGCCGCCAUGUGGCAUAACCCAUUAGUUACUCACGCCAACAUCAACCCGACACCCUACACCCUCGACGCCAUGGCUCCUGUAUUUCCUGAGUUGAUGAUGCAUGCCGUCUCACCCAAUGAUCUUGGAGACCAUGGAGUUCAGAACGACUUCUAUAUGGCUUCGCCUCCUCCACUACCAAACACAAGUCCCUCUGCAGGCAUUCCUGGUAUGCCCAAUCAAUAUUUCCAGGCACCCUUGACCUUCAACUCUGAUUCUGGUAGUAUAUCUUCGUCCAGAAAUGGAAGUGCGAGGCACAGCUCAGUAACGUCCGUCUCUACAGAAUCCAUCACCGAUGCUACCAGACAAGCUCUGAUGUUCAAUUUGUCGCAAGCUCUUGGGUACGGUCAUCCGCAAAGGAAAUUCUCUCAACCUCAAAUCAGCUCACCCUUGUCUACUACAAACAGUGGAAAACCCCAGGUCCAGGUUGCCUCGCUUCCAACUACCAUGGAUCUCCAACGCUUUGUGAACGCAUAUAUACAAUUCUUUCAUCCUCACCUACCCUUUCUACAUAUCCCAACUUUGUGUUUUGAUACUCCAGCAUACACAUAUCACCUGCGCACUUCUAGCAGCUACAAUCACGACGGCAUGGUUGGUGGUGGUGGCUGUCUAAUUCUGGCGAUGGCAGCGAUUGGUGCUCUCUACGAGUUCGAGCACAAUGUUGCGAAAGAACUCUUCGAGGCCGCGAAGAAGAUGAUUCUUUACUAUUUGGACGAGCGUCGUCGAGCUGGUCUUUCAGCUGCAGUCAAUGGACCCAGCGUUACUAACGACUCUCUCAACAAACCACCACUGUGGUUAGUUCAGGCCAUGUUGUUGAACCUUAUAUUUGGUCACAACUGUGGUGAUCGACAGGCUGCUGAGGUCGCCAGCACUCAUUGUGCAGCCCUUGUGAGUCUCGCAAAAGCUUCUGGGUUGGAUAAAGCUGCGACUGCAGAGACGAUGAGCCAUAGUCCCCGUCAUCAAACGAACGGUCAUGAUGUUAGCAUGAUGGACGACACAGAUAUGAAUCAUGAUCACUCCCAGACUGACACCGUCAACGAACACGCCCAGUGGAUUCAAUGGAAGAAGAUCGAGGAACGCAAACGAACGUACUUCGCUGUGUUUUCAAUGUCGAGCUUGUUAGUUUCGGCGUACGCACAUGCUCCACGGAUUCUGAAUUCCGAGAUUCGCCUCGACCUUCCUUGCGAGGAAGACAUUUGGUGCGCAGACAGCCCUCAGGCAUGGAUGGCAAUGGGCGGCCCAAUGGUUGCACAAACAAGAGGACUAUCUUUCAAUGCUGCCAUGACCUACUUGCUGGAAGCCAGCACACGACAGUCAGGCAAUCGCAUGCAUAACUCAUAUGCUCAAGCAUACAGCGGCCAGUCUAUGAACGACAGCACUGGAAGCGAUAUUCGACCUAGCACAUUCGGGUGCUACGUCCUGAUCAAUGCGCUACACGUUUACAUUUGGGAGACACGACAAAGACACACCGGACGUUUGUGGAAAACACAGGAGACUGAAGCCAUGCAUGCCCAAGUUGAACCUGCACUGAAGGCCUGGCAGUCUGCUUGGAGGACCAACCCCAAUCACAGCAUUGAGCGACCUAGCCCAUUCGGUCCAUUGUCCGCUGACUGCAUACCCUUGUUGGACCUAGCGUACGUGAGGCUUUUCAUCAAUCUUGCCAGGUCCAAGGAACUUUUGUGGCAGCGAGACUUUGAUGGCAUGGCCAAUGAGCUCGCAAGAGGCAUUGAAAUCGUUGCCCAAGCCGACGGUUCCCCGGAGAGUUCCUCGUCCUCGGACCCUAGAAACACAGAUGGUUCUGAUAUUGUCGGCCAUAUCAACCAGUCCAACCAAUCGUCAAAACGCGAAAAACACCUUCGCAAAGCUGCGUUUUAUGCAGCCGACUCUCUUUCUAUGGCAGAUAAACUUGGUGCAACAUACGUCGAUUUCACUGCUAGGGAACUACCUAACUCAUCCGCAUUGUGUACCUUCGACUGUGCACAAGUUCUCGCUGAAUGGGUCGCCACUGUUCAAGAUCGUGUUGGGCGUUUCCUAGGUAUUCUGGGCAAAGACAAUAUCGACUUCACCGCCGUUCCUGCAAUCAUGCUCCUUGAAGAGGAGGACGUCAAGCUCCUGCAGAAGGUUGCGGACAUUCUCCACCACGCGGAUAUGAAACUGGCUUACGAUAUGUCUGCCAAUUCAGGGCCUGUAUUCAGUGGUUAUUCGAACCUGGGCCACGUCGGAUAUGGCACGAAGCUACUCAUGGUGACAGCGUAUAUGCUGUCCAAGGCUGCUGUCUGGCCAGUUACCCACGUCCAAGCACGCGCACUAGAAUCGCAUGCCAAUCACAUCAACCAACGAGCGGAAAACUCCGUGAAAGCCUCGUAA